AUGCGCCGGCUCGAGUUGCUGUCAUUCCUGCUCCUCGCCACCCUAGCUGUCGCCCAAAAUGAUUUUGCGCGAGGCGACAUCGUCACCUCCGGAUUACAAAGAGAUGCUGACGGUGUUACGACAGUUCUCUUGGUACCCGCUCCCCUUGGUAAGCCCGCGCCACCCGUGGGCGUUCUAACGAAAACGGCCAGGACUUUCGUGCAGGAUGGUGCAAGCACAGAGUACGCGACGCAAGUUGUAGGCACGACGCUAGAUAAUGGACGGCUUUACGCGAAAAUUCUGUCGACAUCCAGCCGAGUAUUCUAUGACAAAGACACUCCUGCGGAUCCAAUCAGUCCCUUCGUUGUCUAUCCAUCGGCAACGUCGCAAGACAACACCAAGUUUGUAUUGGACGACGUCCCGCUGAAAAUCGUCGAGUCUAUAGCCAGCAAGACUAGCAGCAGCAAUGACGCGCAGGAGAAGUCGACCACGCCGAGGGAAGACGACAACGACAUUUUAAGCGCCGAAGUGGUCUUCAAGCCGGCCAAAGUCAGAUCCGACAAUCUUCUCACGUAUACGGUGAAGCAGGAUUACGUGAUGAAGGGGCAAAAUGCUGCUGUUCCCGCUGUGCAAGAGGAUGAGCAGCCAAAGAGCUUCCAGCCGCGAACGCCGAAAUCUUUCAGACCGGUGCCGAAAUCGGCGCCGAAGAAAGACGUUAAACCACUGGCCACCGUCACCUACCACGGCUUUGCCGAUUUCGUGACGACCGUGGGAGACACCGUUAUCGUUUUCUCGCCGAGUACAGCUCCUGCACCGGUUGGACGGCCUGCAACUACGAUUAAGGGAGAUGCUACUUUGCGUCCGGACGACGGUGUAGCGGUUUUGAAAAUCAAACCUACCAGCGUGCUGCUUUCUCCGAAGAAGACUGAGACUCUGCCGAGUCGACCACGUCUGCCGGUGAAUAAGUUCUCUCAUAAGAAUUUGAAAUCAUCGAGCAGCAGUAGCAUUCACGAUCUUGAACCUAGUACGGUGGCUCACCCAGAAGCCGAAUCUUCAGGAGUGUAUACUAGCCCGUUACUUUUGCUUCCAAGCGAAAAGAGUGUCACUGGCUUGAUCAAGGUUAUCGACUCUACGACUGCCAAUAAGGGCACGACUACUCACUAUAUGAGUUCUGUUUACGGCACUUAUAUCAAUAAUAAUUAUGCGCAAAUUGUACACACCUCUUCGAAUGUCUUCUUCUUUCCGGAAGAUAGCACCGGAAUUUAUGAGCAAGAUGACAAUGAAUCCAAUGAUGUACGAAAUGAUACGAUCGAGAGCGUUAUUACAACGGAACCCACCACUGAAAGUGAAUUAGGAAAUGAUAUAAUUCCGUUAAACCAAGGGCGUAGCAUUAAAGGCUCGUCUCCUAAAAAUAUAUUUCCAGAUCUUAAAGGUCAGAGAAACAAGAAUAAGGAGGAGAAAGUAUCGUUGGCUACGAGACUUUUACCAUCGACAAUUUAUAAAACAUUUACGUAUUUUACAACGUUCUUCAUUCCCGGUAAAGGUCGAACGAGCACAUCGAUCAAGUCGCGAGAAGUCGUCUCUUCAGAAGUGACUUAUUUGACAGAAUUGAUUUUACCCUCCAACACAAAAUUGGCAAGCAUUACUCCAACAAAAUUAUCAACGAGCAUGACAAAUAAAGUCGCUGUUUCAUCCAAUACUGACAUUAUUGAUUCGGAAAAGCAGGAUGUGGAAGAGAUACAGUUGAUAUUCAAAACCAUAUUUACAACUUUCACUUACUUGACUACAUUUUACGACGACUCCACAACGAGCGUUUCAAGUCGGAAAGUAACUGCAACUAAUGUUAUAACCCAGACCGUAGAUCCAAUCAGCGCAUCCGUUGACGUUGAUAGAUUGAUCGAGAAGGAUGCUUCAGUUUUGAUUAAACCAACGAAAAUUGCAGAGGUUGGCUCCACUCAUUCGAAAACCAGAGCUAUUGAAUCAAAAGGACUAUACGAAAAUAGAUUAGUUACGACAACUGAAGAAACUACUGAAAGUAUUACUACUGUAGAGCCGGAACAAUUAACAACUGUCGAAGAUCAAACGACCCCAGAAACAACAACUGAAAAAUUGAAAGCUAAAGUUGAUUCUGUUAUUGCUCUUGAACCUAGCCCAACUCCAAGUGCAACUGCUAAGUUAGUAAGUGAACAAUUGAAAACUUAUUACACGACCUAUACAUACUUUACGACUGUAUUUGUCGAUGACGAAACUGAAGUCGAAACGAGAACGGAAGUCUUUAGUAAUGUUGUAACUGAAACAAUAAAACCUACAAGUGUCUUGCCUGCAAUUGUUGAAAAAACGAUGGUUGCGACAACCCCAAAGUCUUCGCCACCACCUGAAAUAUUGGCGUAUUUGGAAGCUUUGAAGAAACAAAAAUCGUCGCAAGAAGCUCUGAAGUUGGCCAAGAAAGUUCAAGAACGUACGCAUAUUACCACUGAGGAAACUAUUGAAACUACAACAGAUGACUCUUCGAUUACUACCGAUAUGGAUGAAACAACGAUCGCUGAUGAUGUUACAACAGAAAAAAUUUCGAAUGACGGCGAAGUACCAGAAUCCACUAAAACUGAUGUAAUCUUCACUUCCAGUUCUGGAGGUAGUACUUUACUCGAAGAUAAAAAGAGUAGCGAUCCUGAAGAUCAAGAAUUAUCAGAAACUAAUCAUCAUGAUGUAGAGCCGGCGCCAACUCUGUUGUUGCAGACUUCUUACACGACUUAUACUUACUUUACCACAAUGUACAACGGAGAUAAUACUGACGUGGUCAGUCGUCUCAAAACAGUUACAAACGUGGUGACUGAAACUAUCAAGCCAACAGCUGUUGUGCAGCCAGAAUCGAAGACUGCUCAACCACUCACCUACUUUACAACGUUUACUUACUGGACAACAUUUAUCAAGGGUGAUGAAACCGCGACUACUAGUCGCGAAGAAACCGUUAGUAAUGUAGUUACACCUGGAGUCGCAGAUACGUCAUCAGUACAACUAGAAGUUGUCAAAACUUAUAGGCCUUUUAUUUUGGCCACUCCAGUUCAUAGCUCGAGUAUUGAACCCUCUAGAGAAUCGAAAGCUACGUCUGACAAUGAAAUUACAACGUCACCUAAGGUAAUAAUAAAAGAAAUUCCUACAAUCAAGGUCAACGAAUUGAGUUCCACUAUUUCACCGGACCUAGUAACAUUGUAUACAACCUAUACCUAUUUUACCACAUCAUAUAUUGGAAAUUCAACAGUACUUAACAGCCGUUUGGAGACUGUAACCAGUAUAUCUUAUCCAGACGAUUUACUAGUGAAAGCUACUCCUCGAGCUAUAGGUGGUGGAGCUCCAUCUCAAAUUUUGAGUACUGAUGAAAAAUCGUCCAUCAUUCCUAGCCAAGUCAGUGAGACACCGAAAACAGGGUUAUUAUCUACCGUCAGAUCGAGUCAAGUAAACGAUGGUACAACCACUCAUUAUAUAACUGAUGUUUAUGGCACUUAUAUCGAUGGUCUUUAUGCUCAGGUGGUUGAAACCUCGUCAAAAAUUGAAUUACCUACACCAGUUUAUUCUUCUUCAGCUACACCAGUACUUCCAACAGGUGUACUAUACCUCAACGAAGGUAGCAUUGUAGAUGCUGAUGAACUAACAACCGUUUAUUUUACAACAAAACAAAUUGGCACGUCAUUGAACGGUCUCUACGCAAAAGUAAUCGAGAGCACUUCCACAACUAAGAUUGACGAUAAAAAAUUGCAAACUUUUACUCCAGUUAAAGGUCACAGAACUGGAUUAGUAAGAUUGAUUAAAGGCCAUGUUGAUGCUAAUGAUACCAUCACCUACUAUCAAUCUAAAGUUAUUGGUACUAGCAUCGACGGAAGAUAUGCUCAAAUAAUUGAAAGCACUUCUAGUUACUUGGUGAAGCCAACGGUUGCUCAAGACAUAUCUCCUUCAUCAACUAUACCACUGAACCAUGCAACUGCUAUUCCAGACAUGGCACCAUCUCCAGCAGUUAUACAAUCAUCUAUAUCGGAAGAUCAUACUGAAACAAAUGAUGAAGAUCAAGAAAACGAAAAUGAAGAUGAAAGCGAUGAUAAAUUAAAGAAAAAAUCACGUUUGACUUUCUCUACUAGAAAGAGACCAUCAAGCGCACCUCCAAUAAGACCAUUUAUAUCGAGAAGCAGACCAACGUUCAAUCCGAAAAGAAAACCUCAAGGAGCUACCACUAUCACGAGAAGUGACUUUACGCCUACUAUAACAGCUACUUUGGCGGGAAGCAAAGGAAGUCGUUUUGCAUCUUCUAGAGGAAGAGCUACACCAUCACUGGGAUCAUCAUUAAUAAAUCCGUCUAGUUCUAGAAGAUUCUCAGGGGGUAGAAGAAGCUCCAUUCCUGCAACAUCUUCCGCUUCUAAUUACAUUGCUCAAAGUUCAAGAUCUCGAGGAGGAGUCAAGGCAACUCCAUCUUCUGCAUACUCUGGUCGAAGAAGUUCUACGCCCUUGAGAGGAUCAUCCGCACGAUCGAUUUCUAGAUCAUCUGUACUACCAAUUUCAUCGACGAGGUAUAGACCUGGAAUUCGACCAUCUUCAACAAUAUUGAAACCCUCGUCAACCAUCAAACACGAAGAUCAAGAAGAUAAUGCUAAUGAAUAUACUGCAGCCACUUUAGCAACAGAAGAAACGCCCGUGGCACAAGAAGAAGAUGAGCAGCUCGAAACUGUUGCUCCAGUGGCGCAAACAACUACAGAAUCAUCUAGGAGAGCCAAUAAUCCUCUAUUGAGAUUCAAAAGACCACCAGGCUUUGGUAGCGGCGUUAGAACUACAACUCCAAGACCAACUACGUUGACAACAGCGAGACGAGUAAAUGCUGGAAGGCAACUGAAUCGUGGAAAUAAUAACAGAGUGAGACCCACAGUAUCUACUUUAACUACAAGGGGUCGACAAAGUCAAUCUAGUCUCUUCCCACCAAGAGCUCCAUUUGGAAAAAAACCAGAAACAACAGAGGCGUCGGUAGAAAACCAAACUGAAAACCCCGAACAAAUUGAAGGAAACCUUGAAGACGCGCCAGUAGAAGAGAUAAAUGAUAACGAUUACGAAGGAUCGGAACAGAAAGAAGCUGCUCCUCCAUCUACUGAAAAACCAAUCCCUCAACCUUCAAUCAGACCAUUCACCAGAAUUGGUCGAGGUAGGAGAGUUCGUCGUCAAACUAGUCAAUCGCGACAGAUCAACUCUCGCUUUCGUCGACCAACUAGCCAAACGCCUGUGUUAGAAGAACGUGUUGACGUUUAUGUGGAUCCAGAUGAAUAUUCAAAACCAAUGAUUAAUAGCCGUGUAUAUGGUACUCGAGGUCGAUCUUUAUCAACGAAUUCUCGUACAAACUAUAGAGAAGAUAAAUCAUCUGAAGAGUAUACUGAUUCAGUUCCUCAAAUUAGAUCGAGGUCUAAAUCUGUCACCAGUAGAACACCUUCACGUGUAAAGCCAUCGCCAGUAAGUACGUCGAAUAAACAAUUUACUUUACGAGACAAAGAAUCACUUGUUAAUCUGUCCUAUAAGAGACCAAGUGUUACUACCCAAAGAAGUACUAACAUCAGAUCAAGAAGUAACUCAAGAUCCCGAACAGGAACAAACAGGUACCAAGAUUUUCCUAGUUCCCGGCGCACUUCGUCGAGAAAUACAUCUCGCAACGGAGGUAGAACAAAUAACCGUAGAAUAACACAGUCCCGAAGUCGCUUGAACUCUUAUGAAGAUUACAGAGAUAUUAAUGAUUUCGAUGGAACUAUUACAGUUACGCACUACGUUCCAACCGAAGUAACAAUACCUGUUUUCAACAACGGAAUUACUGAAAAGCGAAAUAUUAUCACGGCUCACCCGAGUACAGAAGUAGUUGGUCCCGAUCGGUACAGUACAAUAACUAAUAGCGAUGGCCGUAGUAGUGUCGUAUUGGGAAGUGAGAUCACUGGAACGAAUUUCCAGGGUUUACUAGAAGUAACUAAAUUCGUUAUCCAUGAAACUCCAACGACGAAAGUUUCGCACACACUGACAUCAGCAGGUGGCAGAAAGUUCUCACAAGCUAUUGUGGUGCCAACGACCGUGUAUUCAGUUGAAAAUAUCGUAUCCACCAUUCGACCUUCUCUACCAGAUAGUUCACCUUUAGCUAAUAUUCUACUCUCGCAAUUGUUGCUUGGGCAGUUCGGUCAGCAAAACCCUCUUGCAACUGCCUUGCCAUCAGUACAAUCUGCCACUCCGACAACUCGAUACGAUACUCGUGCGACGACAUAUGUCACCACUCUUACCAAGCAUCGCAGCACUGUCAUUCCUCUAACAUUCCGUGGCAAGGAAAUCUUAACAACACUCGUAGAUACAACGAGUGAUGUCGUUACCGCAACCGAAUUCAUUACGGACACUGUCGUCGUCACACCAACAGUUGCAUUACCACAAGCGAACCUGAAUUCACUCCUUCUCCUCCUCCAACAGCCACAAAUUCCACAGCAGCUAAAUCCUCUAUUGGAUCCGCUACUAGCCGCUGCUCCAUUAACACAAAGUAAUACGUUGCCUGGAGAAGUUGAAAGUCGUAACCAACCCGUCGACUUUGACUAUAAACCAGAUAGUUAUGAAGAUCUGUCAGAUGAGGAUGCCGAUAAACCAGCUCGAUUGAAAGCUAACAUACCAAAAACAAUGGACAAAGCAGCUGUCGAGAGCAGCGUAAUAACUUUAUACGUGUCGGGUCGUAGACCUGGCGAGUUUAGUACUGUACUGAGUACCGUGAAAGUUGGCGACGAAUCCACAAGUACAAAGAUUAAGAGGAAUAUUAAUGAGGUCGCAAUCAGCGCGUCACUUUCCCCAUCGUUACUAUCGGAAGCCUCGGAGCCUGUAGAAUAUGUCUUGGCAGGAAGUGAAGAGCCAUUCGACGCGCACGCACCUACUCAAAGCCUCGAGAGCGUAGUGGGCGAUGUCGGACGGCAUAUUUCCACGUCCAUCUACACCUAA